AUGUCGGGAUUUCAAAUCCGCGCAUUUAGCGACUCCCACUUAGAGGUCCUAUUGGACCUCCGUGAUCGAUACACUCGGCGUACCGAGCGACGCACCCUUCUGCAGCAAGAAGGGAUAUUGAUCAACGAGGGUUACUACGUUCUGCUAGCACUCCCCAGACGAGCACUUGACCCCGUAAGAUUCUGUGCUAUUGUCAGAUCAAUGGUACACCGGGUGCGUGUUUUGAAUGACGAGCUCACAGCACUACGAAUUGAAGAGGAGGAAGAUGCUGUGAUCUUUGAGCAGAUGUGGGGAGGAUACUUGUGA